AUGGCGGAGGCAGAGGCGGGGGCGGCGGGGCGGGCGCGGGCCGCCGUGGCGCGGCUCUCGGAGGCGGUGGGCGAGCGGCGGCGGCGGCUGGGAACGGCCAUGGGGGAGGCGCGGCGGCAGCGGCGGCUGCUGCUGCUGGUGGUGUGCGUGGCGCUGCUUCUGGACAACAUGCUCUACAUGGUCAUCGUGCCCAUCGUCCCCGACUACAUCGCGGCCAUGCGCGGCGGAGGGGGCGCCGCCGGCCCGGCCGCGCCCGCGGGGGCCAACGAGAGCGGCGGUAGCGGCGGCGGCGGCAACCGGAGCCUGCUGCCCGCCCGGUACCCGCCGGCCACGGGGGGCAACGAGGACGUGCAGAUUGGCGUGCUGUUCGCCUCCAAGGCCAUGCUGCAGCUGCUGGUGAACCCGCUGAGCGGCACCCUCAUCGACCGCGUGGGCUACGAGUUGCCGCUACUGGCUGGGCUGGCCGUCAUGUUCCUCUCCACGCUCACCUUUGCCUUCGCGGCCAACUACGCGACGCUGUUCGCGGCGCGCAGCCUGCAGGGUCUGGGCUCGGCCUUCGCCGACACGGCCGGCAUCGCGCUCAUCGCCGACCGCUACUCGGAGGAGCCGGCGCGGAGCCGCGCCCUGGGCACGGCGCUGGCCUGCAUCUCCUUCGGCAGCCUGGCCGCGCCCCCCUUCGGCGGCGUCCUCUACCAGUUCGCCGGCAAGCGGGUGCCCUUUCUGGUGCUGGCCGCCGUCUGCCUGCUCGACGGGGUGCUGCUGCUCGCCGUCGAGCCGCCCUGCGGCGCCGGGGCGCGGGACAACAUGCCCGUGGGCACCCCGAUCCACCGCCUCAUGGUGGACCCCUACAUCGCCGUGGUGGCGGGCGCACUGACCACCUGCAACAUCCCCCUGGCCUUCCUGGAGCCCACCAUCGCCAACUGGAUGACGGAGUCGAUGGGGGCCAGCGAGUGGGAGGUGGGCCUCACCUGGCUGCCUGCCUUCUUCCCCCACGUGCUGGGCGUCUACGUCACCGUCCGGCUGGCCGCCGCGUACCCACACCUCCAGUGGUUUUAUGGGGCCCUGGGCAUGGCCAUCAUCGGUGCCAGCUCCUGCCUGGUGCCUGCCUGCAGGAAUUUUGGGCAGGUCAUUGUUCCCCUCUGUGGCAUCUGCUUCGGCAUAGCUCUGGUGGACACGGCCCUGCUGCCCACCCUGGCCUUCCUGGUAGACGUGCGCCAUGUCUCCGUCUACGGCAGUGUCUACGCCAUCGCGGACAUCUCCUACUCCGUGGCGUACGCCCUGGGGCCCAUCGUGGCUGGCCAAAUCGUGCACACCAUGGGCUUUGCGCAGCUCAACCUGGGAAUGGGGCUCGCCAACGUGCUCUACGCCCCUGUCCUCCUCUUCCUCAAAAAUGUCUGCCAAAUGAAACCCUCUCACUCUGAGAGGAACAUCCUCCUUGAAGAAGGACCUAAGGGACUCUAUGACACCAUCAAAAUGGAGGAGUGCAAAGGCAUGGGCAAAAGCCUGCGGCCAGUGGGUCAGACAGAGGAGAAUGUCACAGACUCUUACCGCAGAGACCUGGCAGGGGUGUCUGAGGAGGACUCAUCAGACUACGAGUACAGUUAGGUUCUCCCACGCCGCCUGGGAACAAGGAGGGACGUGUGGGAGAGGGGAGGGGGGGAGAUGAGAGUAUUACUGCGUUCCAUUUCUGUACCGACGUGCAAUAUAUACAGUUUAACCUUUGUCAUGAUGUAAUGGCUUUCUUCUUCUAGACUUAUUUUAAUCGGUAUUUCCUUCAGCAUUCUGGCAAGGUGUGUUGGGGGGGGGGCAAUCCUGAAGAAAAUUAUCAGUGAUAAUUGGUAUAAAUCAGGGGGAGGGUCCUUCCAAAACAAACAACAACAAAAAAAAAAAAAACAACAAACACAAACCAAAAAAACAGCCUCGUUUCUGAAGUAAUUGUGCAAAGUUUUCUCGAGCUGAAACUGUGUGACAUAAUGUAUAUCUCUGUAAAAAAUAAAAAAAGCAAAAAAGUCUGUGUAAAAUUUCAAAUGGCGUAUUCAGGGACUUAAUAAAUCUGGUGUACAUAUACUUAGAUUUUCAGUUGGUUUCACAUAUUUAAGAAGAGCAACAACUAUCACAAUGAUGUCUCAUUCUUCCUUGGGAAUAAACUGAAGUAUUGUACUUUUUUUUCUCUCUCUUGUGCUGCUCUCUGGUAAGUGCAAUAUGCUGUAUUAUGUUCAAGUCCGAACUACAAGAAUAAUAGAACCUGAAUAAAUGGAAUUGAAGGGGA